GAUAAGUGGGCAGUCUUAACUAUCUUUUGAAAUGCAGGUGAGAAAUAGACAGAAGGGUCUCAUUUUUUCCUUUGCGACAGUAGAGACAGGUUGGAAUCCCACCCACCCAAACACAUACACACUGUGGAUCUUACCAUAGUCCUCACUCCCAUAUCAAAUGGCAGACAAUGACACGAAGGACCCUCCUCCACCAUACUCCUCGGUGACAUUGGAUUCACCUCCCCCUUUCGUGGCCUAUGAGCAGGUGGUUUAUAAUAGCAAAUAUGAUGUCACUCAGAAAACAGUACCAUACUAUGUUCAAAAGGAUCCAGCACAAGUAGCAGCCAUUAUUGUCACACAGCACAAUGCCUUGCAUGCCAGUAGCAAUAAGCAGGUGUCUUGCGGACACAGAACCAAGUGUUAUGGUGGUUUGGCAGGUGCACUUUUGCUGUUGGUUCUGCUUGGAUUGGCCAUCUGGCUUGGAGUAUAUUAUAGGCCCAAGGUCCACAAAGACGACGGAUGGGAUAAUGGAGGAUUCAAGUCACCUAACACCUGCUCAAACUCCUCUGUACCGUGUGAUGCCAUCCAAGCCUGCCAACAGUCCAAUGAUGAGACAAACUGUGUGAGGUUUGGUGAUGGUGAAGUUUUGCAGGUCAAAACAGCUCAGGAUGGUCGAUUCCUCCCUGUUUGUUAUCAGGGACUGGAUACCAAUUACGCAAAUCAGAUCUGUGCCCAGUUGGGAUUUAGAAGAUCCUAUGCAUCAAGUCCAGUGAAGAGCACAGAUUCUGUAGCCCUUAGUUUAAGACUUAGAACAGACAGUCUUAUUCAAGGUCUGGUCAAUGUCAGUUUGACCUGUGAGGACGAGCAAGUAGUCUCCCUUCAGUGCACUGACUGUGGUAAGCAGCAGACUACCUCCAGGAUCAUAGGAGGCAGUGCUUCAAAACUCGGCCAGUGGCCCUGGCAGGUUAGCCUGCAUUUUAACAGAAGACACGUUUGUGGUGGGUCACUCAUCUCUCCAGACUUUGUCGUGACAGCUGCCCAUUGCUUCCAAGGCCCAAUGAUGAAUACUGGAAGUUGGCGUGUUUAUGUUGGAGCAAUUUCCCAGAAUAAUCUUCAGAUCUUCUCCAAUAUAAAGAAGAUUAUAGUAAAUGAGAAUUACAAUGAUCGCACCAAUGACAAUGACAUUGCCUUGCUGAAACUCGACAAGCCUGUGGACUUCUCUGAUACUGUGCAGCCUGUUUGUCUUCCUGGCUUUGACCAGAACUUUUCUGAAACAUCAGAGUGCUGGACAUCUGGCUUUGGGACAACAGAAGAAGGAGGAGGCCAUGCCUCUACAAAUCUCAUGGGAGUGACAGUGAAUAUCAUAGACUCGCGAGUUUGUAACAGCAGUCGGGUAUACAAUGGGGCCAUCUCCAAGAAUAUGGUGUGUUCAGGAGAUUUGAAUGGGGGCCGAGACUCCUGUCAGGGCGACAGUGGAGGUCCAUUGAUGUGCAAGGGAGAUAAUGAACGCUGGUAUCUGGUAGGAAUUACGAGUUGGGGAGCAGGCUGUGGAGAAAGACUUAAACCAGGGGUAUAUAGCAAAGUGACCAGCCUUCUGCCCUGGAUCUACAGCACAAUGCAGCAAGAGAAGCCCUGAUGCCUUUCUUUCGCAUGGUGUGUCUAUCCCUGAGUCUUUGAACAAUGACAGUGGACACACAGAUGAACAAACUGAAAGCUAUGUGAUGGAUGGGACAUGAACAACAGAACAAUGCACUUUGACAUGGGACAGUGUUGCAAUACUGUAGCCCCAAUCGGACACAUAUUUACAGACUUCAUUUGAUGAUGUCGUUCCUACAUUCUCCUUUGAAAAUAUAUUAUUAGAUCAUACAUCCUGGGAAGGCAGAGUUUGGAAGGGGACCUUCCGCUUCCCUUCUUUGGCUGUGCUUUCCAUUAGCUACCCUGAUUCUUAUCUUUAAACGUAUACUGUAAGUUCACAGCACACUGCUGAAUCUGAGCCUUUGUUGCCUCUUUAAAUUAACAGGAUCCUUGCACUGAUUUUUACUACUGAAGUUUAUUGGGAUUAUUGUUUAUGAGUUUGCUGCUCUCUACAACAAAUCUGUAUUUAAUAACCAAAAGGGUGUUCAUUUUUAUUUGAACAUUGGUGUCUAUGAAUAAAGGUGAAAUGUUAUGUAUGUGUUCAAGGGCAUAGAUUUUUUUU